AUGAUGAAUAACAAUUCGGAAUGUACAUUUGACCUUUCAUAUUAUAAUGAGCUUUUUAACGAAGCUGAAAUUGAAGCAACAAAAAUAUUGUCAAAGAAGCCAACCAGAACCAAUUGGAGUCUUCUUGGAGAUUAUUUUCAAAGCCAGUUAGGAUAUUGUACCAAGUAUAAUGGUUCCCUUUGGGCAGCCAAAAGACAAGACUUUUCAAAGGAGCUAGUCAAUCAUUUUAUAUCCGAGAAUGACUUUAAAUUUUGUGAUAUAAAAUUUAAUUCAAGUGGAUCAGUUUUAGCAGCUGCUCAUGUAGAUAAUGCCCUCUGUUUAUGGGAUUGGCAUAAAAAUAUUUGCAAAGCACAGAUAUCAUUAAUUGUGGUUGAACGUGGAGAAAAUCUAAUUACAUAUGAUGGAAGACCAAAAGCACUUGAAUGGUUGAAUGAUGAUUUGAUUGUCACUUCCGAUUGCGAUGGUGAUUUGAAAUUGGUAGAUGUAUCAACCAGUAAAGUUAGUCUAUUAAGUUCAUUACCGAGUUACGAAUUUGCAGACAAUAAAAUUUCUUCUUUGCAUAAUGAUUCAAAUAAUAUUUUAUGCACUAGCAUAAAUACGGUGUAUCUUAUUGAUAGAAGAGAUGGAACUAGAAAACAUAAAGUAUUAGAAUUGAACUCAUAUAAAGACUGUGUCUACUACUUUGAUGCUAUACAUUCAAAUCCAAUGAAUGCAAAUGAAUUUUGCGUUGCUGGCAACUUCGAAAAUUUAAAUAUUUAUGAUAGAAGAAAUACAUCGAUACCAUUAAAACAGCUUUAUGCUCCUUGUCAAAUUACUUAUCCUUUUGUAGAAUAUCUGGAUUUGGCAUACAAUUACAAUGGAAAUGAAAUCUUAACAUCUUGCUCUAGUAAUAGCAUGUUUUUAUUUAAUACCACGAAAAGGAAUGGUAGGGAAUGUAUACAAAAAUUUGACGGACAUUAUAUCCAUGGAACAGGUGCAUCUGAGUCCUUGUGUUGUUUUUUGGGAAGUAGAAGUGAAUAUGUAGUUACUGGAUCUGAAUGUAAUAACAUAUUUGUUUGGGAUAAAGAAAGUGGAGCUCUAGUGAGAAUGAUACCAGGACCGGAGGUUAAUUAUAGAACUGAUAAAACACAAAAUUACCCCAGAGUCAUAACAUCACAUCCAAGCAAACCUUGUAUGGCUAUCAGUUAUCACGAUGGAUCUCUUCGAAUUUGUGAAAUAAGUACCAAUACAAGACAUGUAGAAAUAACUGAUUUGAAAAUACAAUUACGCGACAAUUUACGUAAUAAAAUGUACUUGAAUGAUUUACGUAGAAAUUUGUAUUUCGAUAGUGACAGUAGUUCUGAUGAAGAAUAUAAUCAAGAUUAUUUAUGA